AUGCGACGAGUUGUCGUGACAGGUCUCGGCGCCAUCAGCCCUCUGGGGGUUGGCGCCACCACGACGUGGCAGCGCCUCUUGGCUGGGGGGUCAGGCAUCGUUGACGUCUCUGGGUUCGAGCCUCAGACCCGGUGGAAAGGCCUUCCCAGCACUGUCGCCGGAGUCGUGCCCAGUGGCAACACCAGCAAAACAGAUGGCAUGUGGAACCCCUCAGACUGGCUUGAUGCUGGGGAGCAGAGGCGCAUGUCAAGAUUCGCCCAGUAUGCCGUCGCUGCUACCAGCAUGGCUCUCGACCAUGCUGGCUGGAGACCCUCCAGGCAGGCCGACCUGGAGGCUACCGGAGUCUGUCUCGGGAGUGGAAUAGGCAACCUGGACGAGAUGUACUCGACUAGCGUCGUCUUCGAUAAAGAUGGUUACAAGAAGGUCUCUCCGUUGUUUGUUCCCAAGAUCCUCAUCAACCUCGCGGCCGGUCAUAUUUCCAUGAAGUAUGGCUUUCAGGGGCCCAAUCACUCUGCCACCACCGCCUGCACAACCGGCGCCCACUCAGUUGGGGACGCUUCCCGCUUCAUUGCCUUUGGCGAUGCAGAUGUCAUGAUCGCCGGUGGUGCGGAGUCUUGCCUGCACCCCCUGACUUUCGCUGGUUUCGGAAGGUCGAGGUCCCUAUCUACCUCCUUCAACCAUGAUCCCAGCUCCAGCUGCCGCCCCUUCGAUAAGGACCGCGACGGCUUCGUCGUCGCAGAGGGUGCCGCUGUUCUCGUUCUGGAAGAGCUUGAGCACGCCAAGGCCAGAGGUGCAAACAUUCUGGCCGAGCUGGCUGGCUACGGCUGCAGUGGCGAUGCCCAUCACAUGACAGCGCCCCGGGACGACGGCUCGGGGGCCAUGCUGGCCAUGAAACGGGCCCUGAGGAAUGCAGACAUCAGGCCGCGCCAGGUCGACUACAUCAACGCUCAUGCAACGAGCACCCCCAUUGGAGAUGCGGCGGAGGCUAGGGCGGUCCGCACCCUGAUGAUGGGCGAGGAUGGCCUCGAGAAGGAAAGCCAGGUCACCGUCAGCAGCACCAAAGGUGCGGUUGGCCAUUUGCUCGGUGCAGCUGGUGCGAUCGAGGCUCUAUUUUGUGUGCUUGCCAUCGCUGAUAACGCUGUCCCUCCGACGUUGAACCUGCACAAUCCAAACGUCGGCACAGGAUUCAACUUUGUACCUCUCCAGUCGCAAGACAAGCAUGUUGAUGUUGCUGUCUCGAAUUCUUUCGGGUUUGGUGGGACCAAUGCGUCCCUGGUCUUUUCACCCAAAAACAGCACCACGGGUGGAAUGUACAGACGUGACCCAGAGAAGCAACCGGGAAUCGCGCAGACCUUGCUGGGCAUCGCAAGUAAGAUCCUGCCUUCGAAAGCGGUUCAGCCAUACCAGAUUUUCGGCGCCACCGAGAGCAUCUACAAGGCGUGUGCUGCGCCAGCCAACUACAAGAUCUCGCCGGAGCUGAGGAAGAAGGAGGAGGUGCCGAUGACCGAGGAUGGGGAGGAGCUUGGUGUUGGAGGUGGUGUCUGGCAUGAUGAGUUUGGUCUCCCCCCGACGUUCAGCACAUGGUCGCAAGUGACCAUGCUGCACCUGUACCUCAUAGUCGUGCGAUUACGGUGCCUCGAGAAAAACCAGUGGCAGGCGUGGCAGAACCAGCUGGUGAACCACUUCUUCCACAACGCCGAGGACGUCAUGGAGGUGAACCACGGCAUGUCGUCGCGCAUGAUCCGCCAGCGGCACCUGCAGAACCUAUUCCAGACGUGGAGGGGCGUGAUACUGGCGUACGACGAGGGUCUGGUCAAGGGCGACGCCGUGAUGGCGUCGGCGGUGUGGAGGAACAUCUUCAAGGCGGACGAGAACGUCGACAUGAGGCACGUUGCGGCCAUCGUCAGCUGGAUGAGGUCGAUCUCACUGUCUCUGGACAAGAUGCUCGACCCGGCGCUGCUGUACCACGGUGGCAGCGUAUUUAAGACGCAGCCUACUGCUGAGCUGAAAUUGGUGGAUGAGCCAGCCUUGCUCGGGCAGACCACCCAGGGGGCUGCGUCUGGGGACAAGCCGGCCCAGGCGAAGCCUAGUAGCCGUUUCAAGUGA